AAAGCCGAAGAGGGGACAACGAAGAAGCUCGAGUCAAAGCAAAGACAGAAAGAAAGAAAUGGCGAGCUCGCACUGCUUUGAGAACCCGCCGGCGCUGGACCCGGCAUGCGGAGGGGGCGAGGUCGUCGACGACUUCGGCGGGCAGAAGGCUUACGUCGCCGGGUCCGCCGAGGCCAAGGCCGCCGUCGUUCUCGUUUCCGACGCCUUCGGAUUUGAAGCGCCGAAGCUGAGGGAGAUAGCAGAUAAAGUUGCUUUGGACGGUUACUUCGUUGUGGUGCCAGAUUUCCUGCAUGGGGAUCCAUACGAACCCAACAAUCCCAAUCCUUUACAGUGGUUACAAUCACAUGAUCCGGAAAAAGCAUUUGAGGAGGCAAAACCAGUUAUUGCUGCUCUAAAGGAGAAGGGAAUGUCUACUAUUGGGGCUGCAGGUUAUUGCUGGGGUGCAAAGGUAGUCGCCGAGUUGGCUAAAGCUCCUGAGAUCCAGGCUGCGGUGAUGUCGCACCCUUCGUUAGUUACUGUUGAUGAUAUCAAAGGUUUAAGUUCUGUUCUUCAGAGUCUUGGACAGGCAAUGCUAUUUCUCUGUUGUUCUAUUACAAGUGUUCCUUACUGUGUAAUAUUUAUAUAUAUAAUGUCAGAAGUCAGAUGCCCGAUCAGUGUACUUGGAGCCGAGAUUGACCAAUUCUCCCCACCAGAGUUAGUCAAGCAGUUCGAGCAGGUUCUGUCCGCAAACUCUGCGGUUGCUCACUUUGUCAAGAUUUUUCCUGGCGUCACGCAUGGGUGGGCGGUGAGAUACAGUGACGAUGAUGAGGCCGCUGUUAAGAGCGCUGAGGAAGCCUUUGCUGACAUGACCGGCUGGUUUGAUAAACACCUGAAAUGAAGUGAAACAUGAACUGGCUAUAGUAGCUCUCCACACAAUAAGCUCCUGACAGGACAUGCUAUAUCUUCAUACUUCAGUUAGGAAUCAGUGUGACUUUCGUCGGUGCUUGAACUUGUUUUCAUAUAUGUGCUGGCUAUUAUUACUACUAAGACUGAAUUAUGUUUAUCUACAGUCUAGUUGUGAUUGCUUUUUUUUAGCAGCCUACUUUUGUGGUACUUCUACUCUUUUGAUAUAUGCUUAUCUGCCAUUGAACUGA